AUGUUCAGAAGUGAUUACUUGAUCUCCAUUCGUUUUCUUCUCAGAGGUGAUCCUGAGCUGAACAAGCAUGGUGUUGGAAAACUUACAGGAAUCAACUACGCGAGCGAGGCAGAAGCUUACAAAAAGCUUUUAAUCGAAAAUCAGGAUGCGCCAACCGUUCGAAAGCUCCUGCAAUACUGGAACAUGCAAGUUUUUCCACAAUUCCUCCUCGCUCCCGACUCACAGGACGAAGAAGAAGAAGCACCACGUGUCCGGGUUGACGCUGAUGAAAACCCAGGUCUCGAUUCCAUGUUCCGUGGACUGCGUAUGGGAGCCGACACUUCUUCAGCUCCCACUUCGAAAAAUUCUAGCUCACUCCCACUCCCCCAGACCCUUCCAACCGAUGUAGAGUGCGUGAACGCCCACUCAGAUGUGGAACAGGCGCCGGAUUUGCAUCCAAACGUGGAAGUGCACACCCCUGCUCCUGUUGCGCCCAUCUCCCAAUCAAUCAAUCCACCCCGUGGACGUCAUCGAGUCCCCACGCCUGUUCCCUCAACCUCCGAGGCUGUUGCUGAUGUGCCUGCGCCACCCACUGAAGCUCCCUGUGGUCGACGCCCAAAACAGGUUUCGGUUGUUCACGUUGAUGCUGAUUCAGGUGCCGGAAUACCUGCGGCGCUCGCUCAUCCAAGUCGGCAGAUGCGUGGUGCAAAAUUGAAGGCAAAUGCGAAAUAG